AUGAUGAUGGGCUCGCUGCUGCUGGGCGAGGCGGCGGCUGCGGCGGGGCCGGAGGGCGGGGCGUCCCCGGCGGCGACGGCGGCGCUGCGCAACGACCUGGGCUCCAACAUCCACCUGCUGAAGGGGCUGAACGUGCGCUUCCGCUGCUUCCUGGCCAAGGUGCACGAGCUCGAGCGCCGCAACCGCCUCCUCGAGAAGCAGCUGCAGGCCGCGACGCUGGGCGAGCGCCGCCCCCGGUACCGCCGCCUGCCCCGCCACCAGGCCACGCAGACCGACGGGCCCCCGCCGCAGCCCCCGCCGCCGACGGCCCAGCAGCCCCGCGGCAGCCGCCUGCCCGGCACCAUCUGGAGCUACACGCAGGUGCGGCGCACGGGCGGCGGCGGCCUGGAGACCCUGCAGGGGCCCGGCGUCUCCUGGGUCCACCCCGACGGCGUCGGCGUCCAGAUCGACACCAUCACGCCCGAGAUCCGCGCCCUCUACAACGUCCUGGCCAAAGUCAAGCGCGAGAGGGACGACUACCGGCGCAGAUGGGAAGAAGAACUGGCAAAACGAAUUAAUUUGGAAUCGGUGAUAGAGACGCUCCAAGAGGAAGCGCAAGAAGCUGAAGUGCUCCAGGAAGAGUUGAAUGAGAAGAUCGAGAGGCUGAAAGCUGAGCUGGUUGUCUUCAAGGGUCUUAUGAGUGACCCUAUGACAGACCUGGACACAAAGAUCCAAGAAAAAGCCAUGAAGGUGGACAUGGACAUCUGCCGAAGAAUCGAUAUCACAGCCAAGCUGUGUGAUGUAGCCCAGCAGCGCAACUCUGAAGAUGUUUCCAAGAUCUUCCAGGUGGCUUCAAAAAAGAAAGAGCGGAAACUGACGUUGGAGGAGGACCACUCUGAGCAGGACACAGACAACGGCCGGUUCUCAGACGACGAAGUCGGUUGUUCCCUGAACAUCACGGAUGAAAUGAAGAGGAUGUUCAAUCAGCUGCGUGAAACCUUUGAUUUUGAUGAUGACUGCGACAGCUUGACAUGGGAGGAGAAUGAGGACACGUUGCUUCUCUGGGAAGACUUCACCAACUGUAACCCCUCAGUUGAGCUCCAGGGAGAGCAGGAGGAGAACCUGGGCAGCCUGAUCCACGAAACGGAGUCUUUCUUCAAAACAAGAGACAAAGAAUAUCAGGAAACGAUCGGGCAGAUUGAGCUGGAGCUGGCAACGGCCAAGAGUGACAUGAAUCGCCACCUCCACGAGUACAUGGAAAUGUGCAGCAUGAAGCGGGGCCUGGAUGUGCAGAUGGAGACCUGCCGCCGGCUCAUCAAAGGUUCCGCAGAAAGGAACUCUCCUUCGCCCAGCUCCUUAGCCAGCAGCGACUCAGGAAACACAGAUGAGAUUCAAGAUGAGUUCGACAGAGAAGCCGAUGUAGAGCCGAUGGUCAGCUGAUGAACAACC